AUGAGCGAGCUACAGCUCAUCGUCGAGCACCUGAACAAGGAACCGUUCCGUCUGGGCUUAACGCUUGUGGCUUUCGAUGAAAAGAGCAACUUCGAGUUGCUUCAGAUCCUGCACGAGGUUUUCGUGGAGAUCGAUCCGACGCGGCACUCAGGCGUGGAUCUUCGGGCCGAGGCGGAUGAGGCGCGAGCUCAACGCUAUUUGGAGUUCCUACAACUUCUCAAGUUCCCGCUUCCUCGAGAUAUCGACGGGUUCCGAGAAGCGUUGGUGCAUGGAGAUCGACAAACUAUCUACACGCUGUUGCACUGGGCACUCAAGAGUCUGUCGGCUCAUCAGAAACGAGCGUACCUCGGUCGCUUCCUGGCUCCUCUCAAUGUACCUCAAGAGUAUUUCGGUGAUGGCUCGCUAAAUGCCAUGUACGAGCACUACCAGCAGCUUCAGAAUCAGUUUAAGGCCGUGCACAAGGAAGUGGACCAGCUACGUGCUUCCAAGUCUCGUCCUGGUGAGCUACGGCGUGAGAUCUCGCAGUUAGAAGAGGAGUCUCAUCAACUCACCGAGAAGAUUGCUAACUUGAAAAAGAAAACAACAUCCGACCCUGGAUUCCAGGAAUUAUUGUCUGCUACGAGUGCACUGCGCAAAGAGCAGGAAGAGCAGGCCAAACUGGCAGAUCGAAAGCGUGACCAGUUGCUGUCCCUGUCACUGGCCGAGAAACGCGCUCGAGAGGCUGAAGCGCGACUUCAGGACCUCCGAGCGUCACUAUCGCAAGAUGCCACACCGGAGCAGCUCUUUGAGCGUCUACAGGCUCAAGUGACUCGCAACAGCGACGUUCUCACCACCAUGUUCCCGGCCGAGUUUCGUACCCAACAAGAGACUUUGCAGCGUCUGGAACGGACACUCAGUGAGCCUCCUAAGACGGAGCACGACAUUGCGGACAUGGAGGACGAGGUGCAGGCGCUAAGACGUGCCAUUCAACAGUUCCAGACUCAAAUCGCCGAUGCGCAAAUAGCCCAAGGGAGCGGGGAAGAAGACAAGCUCGCCGUCUUCCGUCAACACGCCAACCUUCAGGCGCGUAAGCUGGCCGAGAAAGAAGAGGAGCUGGAGCAGCUACGAGCCGAGAAGCAGCGACUUGUCCGUAGCACGGAAGAGCUGGAAGCCAAGCUGGCUUCCAUCUCAGGUAACAAGUUUAUGAGUCGUGAAGAGUUUAAACAGUACGCCACCACUUUACGCAACAAGACCAACCAGUACAAAAAGGUCAAAGCGGAACUGGCCGAGCUCACAGCCGAGAGUGUGGUGCUCCAUCGCACAGAGCAGCUUCUGAAGAGUAAGGACGCGGAUCUGGAAGGCUUCCUACGCGAUCUGGAACGCCAGAAAGGAGUCAGUGGAUUCCUUGCGACGCAAGAUAAAAUCGACGAUAUCUCGGUGCAAAAUGCCCGAGUGAAUGCUCUUAAAGGCGAGACGCUUGAAGAGAUCUCGCGCGUGGUUACCGACAUAAACCAGGCGCUUAAGGAGCGUAAGAACCAGUUGGCUCCUCAGAUCAAGGAGCUGCGCUCAGUUCGUCAACGUUAUCAGGAGAUGGAGCAGGUUUAUCUGGAGCGUAAGGCUCAGUAUGACCACACCGCCGUCGGACUGGAGGCGGAGCGACUGAAGCUUGAACAGGAGUGUGCCGCCUUCCAGGAGGACGCACUACGAGAGGAGUCUCAGUUCCACUUGCUGCACUGCCAGCUACAGCUACAACAAGGCAAAGCUGACAAGGUCGCGCAGGAAAUUGAGUUCGAACAGGGCACCUCGAACGCGCGUCUACUGCGAGACAUUCGCUCUUUCCAGGAGCUGUACAAACACAAAGUGGCGCAACAAGAAUCGCUCACCAAGGAGCUGCGCAAGCAACAAAAGUCGCUCAAGACGUCUGCACCGGCCAAGAAACAGCAGCGGGAGAUGUUCGAAGGCUUGCUGCAACUUCUCUCGUGCAAAGCUCGGCUCGCUCAGCAGGAAAACCAAGGAAACGCCAACGCCAACCGAAACGGAGGUGGCGCAGGACAAGAUCUCUUCGACGGACGCACGGACAUCGCGCACUAUGACGUCGGUGGAGCCAACGUCAUGACUCUUGAGGCUUAA